GGUUCAGUGAGAAGAAAUUUCGUCAACAUGGUGUACGUGAUCGCCUUGUCGGUGAUAGCCGGCAUUUUGGCUUUCUAUUAUUUCAUCUUCAAGGCUCAAAACCUAUUCAAGAAGCACGGCAUACCGCAGCUGAGACCUUUGCCGUUGCUGGGUAACAAGGGACCGUUGAUGCUGCGUAUGCAGUCGUUGGCCGAGUUCGUGAAGAAGAUGUACGACGUGCAUCCCGACGCCAAGUACACCGGCGCGUAUGAUUUCACGACGCCGGUAAUAAUACUGCGCGACACCGACCUCAUCAAGUCCAUCACGCUUAAACACUUCGAUACGUUCAUGGAUCAUCGCAGGUUCAUCGACGAGAAACAAGAUCCGCUGUUCUCCAAGAACCUCCUGUCCCUUUGCGGCGACAGAUGGCGGAAAGUGCGGACCAUGCUGAGCCCGGCUUUUACAUCCAGCAAGAUGAAGAGCAUGUUCAAGUUAAUGUCGGACUACGCCGCUGAUUUCGCCAAUUUCGUGGCACGAUCACCGCCGAAGCAGAGGGUGGUAGAAACGAAGGACAUGUUUACGCGCUACACCAACGACAUGAUCGCUAUCUGCGCGUUCGGCAUCAGCGUCGACUCCAUGCGGCAGCCAAAGAACCUCUUCUAUUUGUACGGCAAAGAGGCGACUACUAUCGGCAGGGUCGCCGUCUUGAAGUUCAUCAUAAUCAGGAACCUCCCAUGGUUGGGGCGGUUACUCAAACUGAGGCUCGUUAAAAAGAAGGUAGCGAACUUUUUUCAGGACCUUCUGGAGACCACCAUCAGAACCAGAGACGAGAAGGGUAUCGUUCGGCCUGACAUGUUGCAGCUGAUGAUGGAAAGUCGAGGUAGGAAAGAACUGACGAUCGGGGACAUGACCAGUCAGGCAUUCGUAUUCUUCUUCGGCGGCUUCGAGAGCACUUCGACGACAAUGUGCUUCGCUGCGCACGAGAUCACGGUGAAUAAGGACGUGCAGCUGAGACUGCAAAGCGAGAUCGAUCAGGUCCUGGAGGACACAAAUGGCGAAGCGCCGUAUGACGCGAUCAACAACAUGGAAUACCUGGAUGCUGUGAUAAACGAAGUUCUCAGGAUGUAUCCUGUCUUCGCGCUAACCGACAGAGUAUGCAUGAAAGAUUUUGAGUUACCGCCGUCGUUACCGGGUAUGAAGCCCUUCAAGCUGAAGAAAGGGGAAGUAGUGUGGAUACCGAUUUAUGGACUCCAUCAUGAUCCCAGAUAUUUCAAGGAGCCGGAAAGAUUCAACCCUGAACGCUUUCUGGGUGAACGGAAGAAGUUAACCCUGAACACCGGAGCUUAUCUGCCGUUCGGAUUGGGCCCCAGGAUGUGCAUAGGUAGCCGAUUCGCCCUGAUGGAAAUCAAAGUGUUACUCUUUCAUCUAUUGGCACGUUGCGACCUGCUACCUUGCGAGAAGACACCGAGACCGCUCAAGUUGGCCAAAGAAGGGUUUAUUAUGAAGGCCCAGGGUGGUUUCUGGCUGAAUGUGGUGCCGAGGAAGAACCCACAUCACACUGUUACAAUUGACAACGCGAAGGGCAGGAUUCCAUAGAGAAGUAUCGUAAUACAAUAAACAAAGCUGUUGACUACAUCGUCCGUAAUAUCGAAGAGUUGAACGACACGUAUGCAUUGAGUUUAUGCGCCUAUGCCUUGAAUCUGGCGAAACAUCCGUUCGAGACGUCUGCACUGAACUACCUGGAGACAAAGGCCAUAACGUAACAGGGUCCCAAAUAGUGAAGCAAGCCCAUACCGACGGAUGGUAAGAACACGUUCUACCGCGUUCCGUCGAUGUGGAGGUGACAUCUUACGCUUUAUUCUCGCAUCUCCGACGUAACCUACUUCCCGACGCGAUCCCGGUAAUGAAGUGACUCGUCAAACAGAGGAAUCCGGAAGGCUGAAAUUGCAACAAAGUACUGAAAAAAUUUAUUUAUUAGCAACAAACACUACUUUAUCGAUAAUAUAGAAAAAUAAUUUUUACAAAAAUAAACAUUGAAUUUUUGUUUGAAUUGGAGACCGGGUCUUCAAAUUGUACAUUGAGUUUUUAAAUCAUAUUUCAAAGAUAUGCAAUCAUAAAUAAUAAAAAAGUAUUAAUUAAUUAUUAAUUAAUCUUAUAUUACAUUAAUAUAACAAUAAAACAAAAUAAAAAUAAAAGUACGCAAGUGAUGUUACUAGUGUCAUCUAUUUUGCUACAUAACAUAAAUAUUGCUUUAACAAUUUAUCCUUUUUUUCGUUUUAUUCUUUGCUUUAUAAGUACGUUUAGUGAUACACAAAUCAAGAAUAAUUAUUAUUUUACUAUAUUAUAUAGUAGUAUUUUACAUUAUCUAAUGAGAGAUAAUGGAUGUAAAAGAGCUGUAUAAAUUGUGACCAAAGUGCUUGUUAUGCAAAAUUUAAAAUUCUACGAAGUUAUUUCUCUUCACGUGUAGUAUAUCCACAAAUCAAAUUAACAUAAAAUUGAAUUACCUCUGUAAUAUUAACAUUAAGUUU